AGCGCUGAUUGACCGAGCGGAGGGGAGCUCAUUCUCAGAGCGCGUGAUUGUGUGAGAGGAGCUUCACGAGACUGUCAGAGUAAAAACCACUCCAACCACGACCGUGAUAGUAAAUAAUCCACACAGGAGGAGAAUGGCUUUGUAGAAUUGAGCAAAAACUAACCCUGCUUGAGUUUUUCUAAGGGGAAAGUGUUCUUUUUUCUUCCUUGGCUUUUGUAAAGUGGGACUCUGGAAUCCUGCAGCGGUGAAAUCUGACUCUCUGUGCGUAAAAUAAAAGUUUAACACACUGAGGAGAUGAUUUCAGGCAACUGGGAGCUCGACUGACUCCACAUUACACUGCUCGGGACAUGUAAAGCUCGUGUCGAACGCCCGCCGGAGGAGGAUAUUCAACUUUUAAAGACAUUUUUUGGAAGACCGAGACUUGCAGAUUGUUAAACGGGGAGCGGAGGAAACCUCGUCGCUGAGCGGGGAGGAGUGGACACAUUGCGCGGUAUAGAAGAGUGACCCAGAGGACGACAUCUCGGAGACAAGGUUAUGACGGAUGUGAGCUAAACAUGGAGCUUUUUUGGAUUUUGUUAUUUUCUAGUGUCUACCCUCUUGCCUGGAGCCAAGGAGUUUACGCUCCAGCCAGCGCCCAGAUUGUGCACUCAGGUGCAGCAUGUAACGUCAAGGAUGAUAACAUCAGUGAAAGAAUCUACACCAUCAAAGAAGGCGACACACUUGUGCUUCAUUGUAUCGUCAAAGGACACCCGCGGCCACAGGUUCGGUGGACGAAGACAGCGGGCAGUGCAUCAGAAAAGUUCCAAGAGACAUCCAUCUACAAUGAGACCCUGCGUAUCAAGGGCAUCCAGAGGGUGCAGGGGGGUCGCUACUACUGCAAGGCCGACAACGGGGUGGGGGUGGCUGCCAUCAAGUCCAUCCGCGUAGAUGUGCAAUACCUCGACACGCCAGUUCUCACGGUGCAUCAGACCAUCAGUGAUGUACGAGGCAGUUACUACCAGGAGAAGACGGUGUUCUUGCGCUGCACCGUCAACUCUAACCCUCCCGCGCGAUUUAUCUGGAAACGUGGGAGCGUGCUGAUCGAACAGAGCAAGGACAACGGUGUGGACAUCUACGAGCCUCUUUACACUCAGGGUGAGACCAAGGUGCUGAAGCUGAAAAACCUCAGACCCAAGGACCUUGCCGAUUACACCUGCCAGGUGUCAGUGCGCAACGUGUGCAACAUCGAGGACAAGUCAGUCACUUUUAGGCUCACGAAUGCUACCAGUCCCCCAGUGAUCCGGCUGUCAGUCAACGACACAGUGGUGGUGGAUCCUGGGCAGGAUGUGCUCCUGACCUGCGAGGUGACUGCAGGUUUCCCCCUCCCCACUGUGACGUGGUCACGCUAUCCCGGCCCUCUUCCUCUCAGCGCCCAAGUUCGCGGGGCAACACUGAUUUUGCGGGCAGUCACGCCGGCCGAUGCAGGCUUUUACAACUGCUCAGCCGUCAACAAUGUGGGCAACCCUGCAAGAAAGAACGCCAAUCUCGUUGUCAGAACCAUGAGCAACCUGACCUUUCAAAUUACACCAGACUCCAACAAGGAUAGUGAGACCAUCCAAAUGGGUCGGGACCUCAAGCUGUCAUGCCACGUUGAUGCCACCCCACAGGACAAGGUCAACUACACCUGGUACAAGAACGGUGCACCUGUCUUCAACUCAGACAGCCUGAUCUUGCUGCGCAGUGACCCAGACAUGGCACCCGGCACCAGCAGUUUGGAGAUAGUGGACAUGAAGUUCAGAGACUUGGCUACUUACAGUUGUGUGGCAAAUUUCCCAGGCAGCAGAGUCCCAGAGCUCCGUGUGGAUGUUAACAUCUCUCAGAACAGUGUCUCUCCUCCAGUGCUGACAGUUCCUCCAGGAAGUCAGGUGGUCAAUGUGCGAGAGGGAGGGGUCACUGAGCUUGUGUGCUUGGUCGUAGACGGCAAACCACGUCCACCUAUACUAUGGUCGCGGACCGAAAAGGACCUUCUAAUGCCAUCAGGAAAGUCUGUGAUGGAAACACCCGAUGGCCGAUUGAGGCUUAGGAAUGUCACCCGGGAUAUGAUGGGGUUGUACCGGUGCCAGACCGCUCCAUUCAAUGGGCUUAACAUCAAACGCAGAGAGGCACAGGUCCAACUAAAUGUGCAGUACGCUCCCAUAUUGGAUCCAGUCUUCCAGGACGUGCGUUCUAGAAACUAUCAGAUGGUGAGGCUGAGAUGUACAGUCUUGCGGGCCAAUCCACCUCGUCUGACAGACAUCCGCUGGUAUCGCAAUGGUGACCCGAUACGCAUGCCCAUGCCAGACCUGAAGGAGACGCCGGAACUUAAGUUCAAGCUGGAACCGACCAACAAUGGCUCUUAUGAAUGCCGAGUCAGCAAUAAUGCAGGAACGUCAACGUGUACUUUUAAUGUAUCGGCAAAUCCAUACAAUGCUGAGUUUUACUUUGACACACCCAACCCAGUGCGGAUUCUUAAAGGAAACAACUACUCCUUCAAUCUACAAUGGACACAGAAAGAUCCUGAGGCCACAGACCGGAUAAUAGGUUACUGGAUUAAUGUCCGAAAGAACAAGCAGAAUCUGUUGUCCAAGCAGAUUGACCUAAAGGGGAAGGAGCCAGAGAAAGGUGUGCUGAUGUCCUACACAAUAUCAGACCUGAGAAUCCCUCUGUCCUACGAAGUCCGACUGUCCCCCAUCACCACCUACAGCACUGGGGACUACAUCAGUCGAAACAUCCAGUACUCAGAGCCCUACACCUACCCAAGGCCUUCAGACCACGUGUGCGGUUUCGAGGACGAGCGCAUUUGUGGUUUCUCUCAAGACCGUAGUGACAUCUUCGACUGGACAAGACAGAAUCACUUGACACAGAACCCCAAGCGAUCUGCCAAUACCGGCCCUGAUACUGACCGCAGCGGAACCAAGGAGGGGUACUACAUGUACAUCGAAGCUUCGCAACCACGUGUUCAGGGAGACAAAGCUCGUCUGCUGUCUCCACUUUUUAAUGAGACCUCAUACAGGGGCCCCAAGGGCUCCGGCAGGAUGCCAUACUGCGUCUCCUUCUACUACCACAUGAAGGGCAAACACAUUGGUACUCUGAAUGUGAUUCUGAGACUGAGAAGCAUUGCCUCAGUGGACUCAGUGGUUUGGACAAAGUCAGGUCCUCAAGGCCCGGACUGGAAGACAGCUUUCUUUGACAUCAGCCCCAGUGGACCUUUCCAGAUUGUGUUUGAAGGCAUUCGUGGCUCAAGUUUUGAAGGGGAUAUUGCCAUUGACGAUGUGUCCAUCACCAGAGGAAAGUGCACACAGGAGAACACUGUAGCCAGCGCAGGUAAGACAGUUCUGAUCGGAGGAUCGCACUCACUCCCACUGGCCAGCUGGCUGAUCUUUGGCCUCUCCUGCUUCCUGUUGUUGCUCUACAGAUGAUGAGCACUUCUCACACCGACCCUGUCUGCGCCGCCAGACGCUAGCCUGACUCACACUCGUCUACUUCACUUCCUACCCUUUCACCCGUCCUUUCCGCUUCUUGCUCAUCCCACCUGUCCGUCCUCCUCACUCGUCUUUCUAUACAUCAUGCAUCCGUUUUCAUUGUUCCUGUUUUGGUAACAAUAAGCCUUGUUGUGUUUUUUUCCCUCCUCUGCUUUCUUUGACCGUUUCCCGGCAGUCACUCAGUAUAAUCAACUGACACUCACUCUGUAUUUAGAGUGAACAUACUUGACAGUCGAACGCUGCGUUCUCGUCACCUCAUCGGACUGAUUAGAUUCAUGUUACCCAUGUCAACACGUCAGUCUGUCACCUUCUCCUUUCCCGCAUCAACCUUCUUCGCCUGUUCCGGCACCCUCUCAUAUAUCUCUGCUCCCCCUAUCUACAAUCCUUGACGGCCCAAUUCCCGAGACACACCAAAGUGUCGGACACCCUACCAAAGAUGACAAAGGACCUAAGGGAAUAAAGCAAGGGAACAGGACGGGACUUCUGAGGAAAAAAAGUGAAAGAGAGAGAGAGAGAGAGAACGUGUGGAAUAUCCGUCUUUUACGCAGAAUCUGUCUCCCUCCUGUCCUGACCACUGGGACUGUGGGAGCUGCUGAAUGACAAAGAGAGAUGAAAAAAAAACUGACGAAUGAAUGUGUGAAUGAAUGAAUAAACAAAUGGAUAGUGAGGAAAGGACAAACCAGAAAUGGAGGGGGGGAAAAGAAGGGCACUCCUAGUAGCCUCUCUGUUUGCCCUCUGCUUGCCACAAGAGACGAACCUCAGUACGGAUAUACGUGUACAUUUAUCUAUAUAUAUAUAUAAAUAUAUAUAAAAAUAUAUAUCGAAUAUAAAGAAGUUCAUUCGACAACACAACUAGGACAGUGGAGGACUUUACAAAGUGAAAUUAAAGAAGCACAACAUUUAUACAAUCUCUGCUGUUCCUUUGGGUUUUAUUCUACUUGUUAUGUGAUAUUGCAAUUUGUCAUACCUACUUAAUGUUUUUGAUAUUUUGCAUUUUUUGUUUUGUUGAUGACAUCAAGGGUCAAAGGAAUUAAGUAUUAUAUUAAUAUGUUUGAGAGAAAGAGAAGGAGAAUUGUGACUGCGAUCCUGAACUGAGCACUUUGGAUUUGGGGAAAAAAGCAAGGACGACCCAAGACUCCCGGAUUGAAACGUCAGUGUUUCCUUUACACAAACAGUACAAUACUGAACACACACACACACAUUCACCGAGACGCAAACACACACACGGUCGGUUUUCUUGCCCUCAGCUCACCCUCUGCCUCAAAUACAUGUCUCAUCUGAGAUGAUAGAUACAGUCGCCAUAGUGCAGCUUCCUUUUAUUAAUUGUCUUUCCAUCGCUGGACGUCACGACUCCUUCUGUUCUGGACAUCUCUAAUGAGGAGGAAAAGAAAAGAUGUGCGAUAUAGCAGCAGAAAAGGUCCCGGUGUCCGAUAGAAUAUGUGAUCUUUUGCGUUAGAUAGGUGAAUGUCAUUUACAAACUUGUCAAAGUGAAAGGGGAAGAUAAUAUCUUCCAGUAUCUUGCCGGCGUGUCGUUCAGAAUUCAGAAAAACAUUAUCUGCCAUUAGUUAACAUUGUAUGCCUGUUGUAAAAUCAGUUUUCAUAUUCACAUAGAUAUGAUUGUUAAAGUUAAGCAAUACUCAUAAUGAUAAAUCUAUAUUAAAAGUUAAUGAUUGCAUUUAAGAGACAUGUGUAUUCUGCAAAUCCCGUCCAAAAUACUCCACACUGGGUUUUCCCAUUCUGCAUCAGUUGUGAGUUCUGAUUAAAAGUGUUUUCACAACUCAUGCACUUCAGAAGAUUUCCACUGUACUCAUGUAAGUCACUCAUGGGAUAGUGUGCCUUCAUUUUGUUGCGUCAUGCUUCAACUUAUGUGACAUUUGCCGGCCACACUGCUCCAGUAACUGAUAUACUUGUGUAUGUCGCCUCUAUCAUUAUCCUGCGCAUCGCUCUUGUCAAAACCUCAUGUACUUGAUUGUGUCAUGUCACGUUCAUCACGUUUAGUCUUUUGUUUUUUUUCCUUUAUUGUUUAUGGUCAUUAAUAAUAAACUGUCAGCCAUUAAUAGAACAUAACAUGGUGAAAUGUAUGUGAGAGGCGAUUCCCAUGUAGAUUAAGCUGUUCCACUAGAGAAUCUGAGUGACAUGAUAUCCUGUACAUGUGUCUUGUUCCUUCUGCAAUCAUAUACACGACUAUAUAAUGCGAAGCUUAGCAUAUGUAUAGCUUUUUUUCUAAUAAUCUCUUUUAAAAUGCCUUUAUCCUUUCCUAAAAUCAAACAGUGUUUGUAUUUGGACAUUUAUUUCAUUUCUCAUCUUAUAUGGCUAAGGUAACUGGCUGUAUGUGGUAUUCAUAAGCGCUUAAGUUGUACAGAUCAUAACAUUACCCUGCACUAUAGCAGCACAGUGUAGGUCAGUAUGCUACCCAUAUUAAAUAAAUGUAGACGUUUCAUUGAACACUGACGUGCAUGGGAUUUCAUCAUGUUCACUGUCACAUCAUCCCUCAUGUUGCCUCAUAUUCCAACGACUGAAUUAACAGAGACGCUUCGUUGCACUUGGACGUGUGACAGCUGUAAGGUCAUAGACAAAAGAGCGCUGUGAAUGUGAGCGAAAGUGUGUGCGCGGGGUAUGUUUGUUUUAUUUCCACAUGCUGUGGUUGUGUUUGGGUUUUUACAAUUUCUACAGUUUGUUACUCAAAUAUGAAGGACAGGACACUGUAUUGUUGCCUCCACCAAGGAAGCAACAGGCGUUACUUGUUCCCAGUGAGGAUAUGUGACUUGGAAAGUAAAUGGCUCCAUGUGGUUUGAUCAGCGUGUUGUAAUCCAACAUAAAUCAUGAAUAGACUAAUAUGAAACUAGCACAUCACAGUCAAAUUUGGUUCCUCAUAAAAGCAGUGUGUGAUUUUGUAUUUACAUCUGAUCAGGAAACCGAAUGUAAAUCCGUCCAUAUUCCUUUCUUUUUUAAUAUGAAACCAUUUUAAUGAUGGCCAACCAUUUUACCGAGUUUAGUAAUGUCCGAUGUAGAGCAGAUCCAAAGUUUGGUUUCUUUUUUCUGUCGGCUUCACUGUCAGACACGAUUAUGUUAGCAGGAACAUGCUGACUGUCUGAUCUACACAGUAGGGAUGUGUAGCACAACUGUCUGUUAGCUUAUAAUUCACAUAAUUGAGGGAUUGCACUUCAGUGAGUCCAAUAAUAGACCUGCAAAUAAUCGACAUUCUUAUGUCAAAGAAAUGGAUUGUUUUAACACGAAAACUUAAAUAAAGCCAAACCCUUGACAGGUUUUUUUUUGGUGUCGAUAUAAUGAGCUAAUGGCACAGUUGUAGUUUUGAAAAAUCAAUGUCAACUGAAUAAAGUAAAAAACUCUUAAACUGUACACUGGAUGGACUGAAGGCGCCUCCAUAAUUUGACUUUAAAUCUAGUUUUGAAUUAUUUUGAUAUUAAACCAAAGACAACACAACUUGCUAAAUGUUUACCACAUGAAAUAAGCAUGAAAAUGACUUUAGAAUCUUGACAUCUUCUUUAUUGGCUGUUUCCACUUUAUUUUAAGUAACACUCGGAUUUAUGUGAUAACUGAGCCCCUGUAGAGCUGCGUACACAAACACACACACACAAACACACACAAUCUUGUAGAGCAUUCUUAGUGAGGACACUCAUAGACAUAAUGCAUUCCCUAGCCCCUUACCCUCACCUUAUGCCCAACCCUAACCCGAACCCCAAAAAGCCCUUUACAGUUUUAAGGACAAACCGAGAUGUCCUCACAAGGUCAAAAUGUCCUCACAAAGAGCGCUUUGUAACACAAUUUGUACUCAAAGCCUACUACACACACACACACACACACACACACACUGCCACCAUGCAGGUAACUAGAAUGACAAAAUGACUGUUAAUCUAGCAUCUAAUGUACUUGUUUAUUGUCUGCACUGUUUGAUUAGAUCUGUCUGAGACAAAUGUCAACAUUCUGCGUCACUACAUGGCAAUAGAUCGAGCAUUCCUCCUGGCAACAGUAAAUAAAAUGGGACACAUGUUCACAAAGUAUUGUCUUUGUUGUGGAAAAUAAGUGUUACGUUUACCGCUAUCACGCCCAGGUGCUUUCCUGAAAUGUUCCAAUGUUAUGAAGGUACCACCAAUGACCUUUCUGUCAGAUUAACGCUGCGAUGCUUCCCCAAAGUAACUUUGAAAUGGAGUGAAUUUGUUCUUAUUUCUCCAAAAAAAACACUCCAUGUCCGAUUUCCUUAAAUUCAACCAACACACAAAACUGUGUCCGUUGUUCUGUGGCAUUAAAUGUUUCACCAUGCAGUUGCAGAGUGACACGCCUUAGAAACCUUUUCAUUUACGCUGAUGGACUCACAUGACUAUUGUAAAUCACUGUGACGGGCAAUAUCUUUGCUUUAAGUACGUUUUGGAAAAGCAUCGGUUGCAGUGGAAAAAAACAAAAAACAUGUGCUCACUGUCAGAUUUUACAGCAUACAGCAGUCUUGAACCACUUUGGAACUAAGGAUUUGCAAUGCACCUUUAAUGGGAAUAAAAUGGAAAACAACA